AUGCCCCAGCAGAACUCUGCAACAGCCACCCUGCUCACUAACAUGCCUGCCACACUGACCGGUAUCGACGUUACGCCUUCCGGCCAUGCCAUUGCACGACUUAAAGAAGAACUGCACUUUCUUCGCCUCUGUCGAACGCGCCGUAACUUGGUCCUCGACUCGAUUUGUCCGGAGCUGGCGCCUCACAUCGUGAUCACUCCCCCGGACUCGUGUGCCGCAGAGCACUACUACACAUGCACCAGCAAUGCUGUUCAGGACAUUGGAGUAGAGCGCAUGCCACCUCCGUGUUCCUCAGAUGAAACUUCAUCACCCGUAAUUGAGAAGGACAUGCACGUUACGGUCACCAGUCAAGAUCGUCGCGUGCGGAGGCGAUGUCAACCAUGCAACCCCUUGCUAACGUUUGGCAGCCUAUCUUUGAUGGAUACUGCUGACGACCAGAAAUCCCCCGAAGCAAUGCUUCUAGGCAUUUGCGCCUUACAAGCGAGUGCCAUAGCGUGUUCACGCCGAUCACGCUAUACUUCAGCCAGUUUCCCUUGGCCAGAUAAACCCUUCCGGUGGUUAGACCCCGCAGCUCCCCUACUACUCAGCGCGAGUCGAACACUUGGUACCGUUAUCAUCGACUCCGCCAAGCCCUUCGGAGCGCCCCACAUCAUCAUCCAGGAGCCUCCUCCAUGGGACGAGAAUCCUUGGGUUCCGUAUGGGAACAGCGUACCCAACCCUCAGGACGCUGCUUUCGGGCGAUUGCUUACGGUCCCCGGCUGGCGUCUCCCUGUGAUCAAUCCAGCUCCAUGGGUCUUCGAAGACGAGCGAAUAGACUGCACCACCAUAUCCUCCUGGAUUGAAGAGCCGGACAUUGCCCCAAGCUCGUGUGAUUCUUCCCCAAUCGUGUCCACCGUACCCUUGCUCUGCGAGGACGGCUGGUACUAUGAUCCUUUGGACGCGCAGACCACGACCCCUCUUACGUUUGACGACCCUGACGAGAGCGCGACUCUCGAAGACAUCACUCCGAUGUUAUCGCCGACCUCGGCUACGAGCACUGAAAACUGGUGUCCAGACCUGGAAAUCUUCCCUUGGGACGACGAAGCAUUCCCGGAUCUGGGUCGCUUAUCUUGCGACGAGGCCGGCAACUCUUUGAGUAUGGAUGCCGACGUCGACUUCGCCCUCUGCAACCCAAACCCCGUAACCGACGACAAAAAUAUUUGGUUUUUCUGGCACGCCGGCUACGAGACGAUGCAUUCAUACACAAAGCGCGACGUUCGCGGCUGGCACCGCCGUUUCUCAAAACGAGGCUGGACGAUCCGGGUCCUCAAUACCCAGUCCAAUCGCAACUCCCCGCUUCACCUCUCCAAAUACCUAGAUACAGAUGACCCUGCCACAUUCCCGCAAGCCUUCAUUGACGGCAAGAUCACUGGACAUCACGCAUUGCAACAUACCUCCGAUCUGGUCCGCUUCCCCCUCCUUCUCAAGUACGGCGGUGUCUAUGCAGACGUCGGGAUGAUCCAGAUUGGGAACCUGGAUCGCCUAUGGAAUGAGACGAUAGCUAAUCCGGCAUCUCCCUACGAGGUUCUCUCGUAUAACUUCGCUGAUGUCGGGUUGGCGAACUACUUCCUCGCCGCACGCAAGGACAACCCUUUUUUCCGGCGUUGUCAUCGACUCUUCCUGAAAAUAUGGGAAGGUCGGACAAGCACGACGGGGAUGUCGGAAAGUCCAUUGCUCAAGGGCGUGCCCAUGUUGCAAUCUCCCAAAGGAUUCGAAGAAGACGGCGUAUUCUACUCUGUUGAGGAGGCUAGCCGGAUUUUAUCGGACUAUAUCAUCCAAGGCCAGGUUAUCACCAUGGUCAUGGGUCUCCUCGACGAGGAAGGGGAUGGAGAAGAUGACGGUGCUUGGGACGGACCGGCGUACGUAUCUGCUCGCAUUUACGCCAUCGACUACAUGGUCGGGUCUCAGUUGAUCAACCUGAUGACGGAUUGGGACGGAGAACGGGCAUUUGCGUUGAUGUCGCUCUCGCUACCGACGGAGGGGGAGGCGGAGUCAGCGGACCAGGCCAAAGCGCGAGAGAUCGUCGAGGCGUGUUUGACGAAGAGCUUCGGGUUCAAAUUGGCGCAUGGGCUUAUCCUGCGGGUAUUAGGGGAGACGCUGGGCUCGCUGUGGAGGAAGCAUGAGGGAUCGGAUGCGGUUCCCCAUACUUACGCGCAUUGGCUGAGGUACGGUGUUGUUCAUUGGGAUCAAGCCCAGCUGCCGCCACCGAAGCCGUACAAGACCGGUACGGUGUAUAAGAAGGGGCCUCUCCUGAGGGAGGAAUAG